CAAUGCACCAUGCCAACCGUCGUGAAAAAAAAGAGAAGAAGAAGGAGAAGAAAGCACUGAAGAAGAAAAAUAAUUAUAUCGCUCAACAUUAACGAGUUGGUAACGUUUUUGAACAUGGGUACAUACAGACGAAUAGAUUGUAUAUUUUUUAGUGAAUUUCAUCCAACUUUAGGACCAAAGAUCACAUAUCAGGUUCCUGAAGAAUAUAUUUCGAGGGAACUUUUUGAUACUGUGCAGGUGUACAUCAUCACCAAACCUGAACUGCAAAACAAGCUUAUAACAGUGACUGCCAUGGAGAAGAAACUAAUAGGUUGUCCAGUGUGCAUUGAGCAUAAGAAGUACAGCCGGAAUGCCUUGCUCUUCAAUUUGGGUUUAGUCUGUGAUGCCAGGACAAAAACAUGUGCUUUAGAACCUAUUGUCAAAAAACUGUCUGGCUACCUCACAACUCUGGAGCUUGAGAGUGGAUUCAUUUCAAAUGAGGAGAGUAAACAGAAGCUAUUGCCUAUCCUGUCCACACUUCUGGAGGAACUUAAUGUUACAGGAGCCUGCACCCUGCCUAUAGAUGACUCAAACACCAUCCACUUGAAGCUAAUUGAACAAAGGAAAGAUCCUCUGGUGGUUCAGGAGUAUGAUGUACCGGUAUUUACCAAGAAUAAGGACCACUUUAUAAAGUCACAAUGGGAUCUCACCACACAGCAGAUCUUACCAUUUGUAGAUGGGUAUCGACACAUUCAAAAGAUCUCAGCUGAGGCCGAUGUUGAGCUUAAUUUGGUUCGGAUUGCUGUUCAGAAUUUAUUGUAUUAUGAAGUGGUAACUCUGGUAUCCAUAUUCCAGUACUCAAAUGUUUACUGCACAACACCUAAAGUACAAAACUUAAUAGAUAAGAAGUGCCUUCAGGAAGAGUGUAUACAUUACGUCAGUAAGCUAGGCCAAAGGACAAAUCUCAGGGAUGUCUUCCAGUUGUACUGUGGUCUGACCCCAGGUACGACUGUACGUGACCUCUGUUCCCGCUAUUCUCACCAGUUACAGAGAGUGGAUGAAAGGAAGUUGAUUCAGUUUGGCUUGAUGAAAGGUUUGAUUCGGCGCCUACAGAAGUAUCCAGUCAAGGUUGUGAGAGAUGAGAGGAGUCGUCCGCCUAGACUUUAUACUGGCUGUCAUAGUUAUGAUGAAAUCUGUUGCAAAACUGGAAUGAGUUACAAGGAGUUGGAUGAGCGCUUGGAGAAUGACCCUAACAUUGUUGUUUGCUGGAAGUAAUGUUGCAGAGGCAGAAUUAUAUCUACAGACUAUUUCAGUGAAAGAAACAUGAGAGAAACAGAUCUGGUCCUACUGCUUUUGCAGUCUCAAGCUUUUUGUUCUGUACCUUUAUUUAUUGUAAACCAACUGCCCUUUAUGUAUAUUUGAAAGCAUUAUAGGUCAAAAUACGAAUACAAAAAUUGUAAAAAUACUGCAAUGAUUUAAGAUGCAUAAAUGCAAAAAUGACUAAUGUUUCUAAAUGAAAAGGUAGGUCACUGGGUUUGAAAUAAUUCAUUUAUGGGUGUAGUGUGGUCUUAUUUAAUAGUAUGUUUUACCACAGUUAAAAUAAAAAAUUUAACUGGGGGAGGACUGGACAAGAUCACCCUGUUGAUUUAAAAAUCCAUGACUUUUGAAGUACCUUGUACAAUUACGGUUAAAUUAGGCUUAGAAUUAACAAAAAUAAAUUUUUAGAAACUUAAAGCUUUUGCUUUUCUGUUCAUGUUUAAUCUGCAGUUGUACAAAUAUUUGAUAACAUCAUUGCUGUUAGCUCCAUUUCUGUCACAUCAGUUGCAUCAAAUAUCAUGGCUGUCCUAAAACAAUUUUAAAAAAUGUAUGGACAUGGCAGCGUUUGCACAAAUCUUCUGAGGAAAAAAGUCCCUUUAAAGGGGUGGUUUACUGUUUUUUUUCUAGGCUUGAUUAUGUUUAUGGGGUGCAGUCUAACGUGUUCAUGCUUCGUUUUUUUAAUGAUGAAUUAUUUUUCAUAUAAUUUACCUUUAUUCCACACCGCUCUGUCCAGUGUUGCCAACGCAUUUUCAGAGAAAGUUGCUAAAGGAAGGUCAAUUUGUUGCUAAAAGUUGCUAAAUAAAUUCUAAAUUGUUUUCGGGUUACAGGGUUACAAUGGAUAAUGUCCUGGAAAAUUACUAGUAGCCUAUCUUUUCCAUUUUUCUUACAGCGUACUAACUGAUCAACAAUCACAAGUACAAGCUACUAACAAAGUGUAGCCUAUUAUCAAUUAACAAUUAUUCAAUUAUUCAGUUAUUAUUAUUAUUAUUAUAUUGAAGAAAUGCAAAUAGCAGCUAAUUCACGUGAUGUGUGUACUGCUAGGCAUCUUUGGUUUUCUUUUUGUGUAAUUUGGAUGGAAAAUGUGUCUUUUUAUCGUCUGAGUCACUUAUCAAAGGCUGCUAAAAGUUGGCAAAUAAAUUUUUUAAAAAUUGCUAAAUUUGUUGCUAGGAAGAAAAGGUUGCUGGGGUAGUCUGAAAAGUUGCUAAAUUUAGCAACAAAAUUGCUAAGUUGGCAACACUGGCUCAGUCCCUUCUCUGACAAAGGCCUCCAUUAUUUCCUGUUUUUAUGAAGUCCCUCCCUCAGAAAAACGUGAUGGGCUCUGAUUGGUUAGCUGGUUCAGUGUGUCGUGAUUCAUUAAACCGCCGAGUGUGCGUCUAAAUGUCCCGCCCCUCAGCUCAGCGGCAUGUGCUCCGGUUAUAUUGUAAACAAUGGCGUCGUCUAUAUUGCUUAUCGAUUGAGACGCAGAUGAUAUUAGUGAAGAGGAUCGCGCAGAACCUGUGCAAGCACGGUUCUUAAUGGUAUGUUUGUUUGUUUGUUGUCUCAUACUUUUAGAUACUCUGUUAGGCUACUGCUUAUGUUAGCUUUUAUGGACAUUGGACAUUUACAUUUAGCAGACGCGACUUACAUUGCAUUCAAGUUACAGUUUUUUUUUUUAACAUUUUAUCAGCUCUUGCUUUCCCCGGGAACCGAACCCAUGAUCUUGGCGUUGCUAGCGCCAUGCUCUACUAUUUGAGCUACAGGAAAGCCUUUUAAUACACAGUUUUAUUCUGAUUAAAGCUUUAAUACAGUAUGGCAACCGCACACGCGUCCAUGUAUUAAGCUUCUCAUUGCCAUGUGAAAAUGUAUAACCUUAGACUGUUUCAUCGGGCGCACGCGCCUGUCCCUAAGUUAACUCCGGUCUGUGUUUGUUUAUAGGUCUGGCUACAAACGCAGUUAAAGUUAAAGUGAUGAGUAAUGAAGUUGGGCUGUGGGUUUUAUUUUCCAUACAGUUAUUUAUUUUUGGCGACCUGCCACGAUAUCAAAACUGACUGAUUUUCCAAAAGGCUUUGUUGAAUAAACACAUACUGCACGUUUAAAAAUCAAAACAAGGCGCUGGUGUUUUUAUAUCACUGUAUUUCUGAAGGAAGACUGUCUUUAGAAAAUGUUCGAUGUCAUUUUCAUUUAAUCUUGCAUGUUAUAUGCCAGGGGUGUGGACUCGAGUCACAUGACUCAAGACUUGACUCGGACUCGAGUCCCAAAUUUGAUGACUUGUGACUCGACUCGACAUAAUUAAAGAAGACUUGAGACUCGACUUAGACUUUGACAGCAAUGACUCGAGACUUGACUUGGACUUGAGCCCUGUGACUCGGAAAGACUUGAUCAGAUCAGCGUCGUUAUCACUCUAGACGGGUGCAGCGUGCUUGCGCUUGACUGGCAGUAAGCCAGAGACUGCGUUCAGGGAGCGCUUGAUAUACAGUAUAUGCUAGUAUAAAUUAAUGGAGUAAUAGCAUAACUUACAACAAAAGAACCGAGAUACGGAAAAAAAAGUAGUUGCUAUCUCCGCUCGUGAAAAGCGCUGCCCUGCCCGUUUGAUCGCCGCCCAGCAGACACACGGAGCGGGCAGGAGAAAGGAGAUCACUGGUGCUCGCCUCAUCAUCACCGUGACCGCUGCUGUGAAAUUCUGAACAUAUUCCUCACUAGGGCUGUCACGAUAACUACUUUUUGUUUUGCGAUAUAUUGCAUCAAAAUUAAUUGCGAUAAACGAUAUUAUUGUCAUUUUAAGGCAAUUUUAUUUCACUGAUUAUAUAAUUACAGUAUGACAAUAUAAUAGCAUAAUAAUGGAAGUACACUCUUUCAAAGAACAAAGAACAUUUUAUUCUUAAGAAUAUUUAGACAUUGGAACCGGAAUGUGAAAAAAAUAUAUGCUAAAUAAAUAAAACAAAUACCGACUCAUUCACGUUAAUUGGCUCUGAUCUCUCAUUCGGCGCCCUGUACACACCAAGCCGACGGUUGGCUGUCGGGCAGUUUCUGUUCAUCGGCCGACUAAAUUUUCUCAGUGUGUUCUGCGCCGUCGGCUGAAGUUGGUCCUCGUCGGCUUUUUCUCGGCCGAUUCGACAUGUUGAAUCGGCGUCGGAGCUCGUCGGGCAGUCGGGCCAUCUGAUCAUUCUGAUUGGCUGUUCAGCUGGCGAACCAGUGCGCGAGAAAGGCGCAGAACGGACGUGCUACUUGGCCAUCGGGUGUCGAGCAUGGGCAUGGUGCGUCAGGGCAACUUUGGACCCAGACGCUGCCGACGUGAGCCGACCCCGCAGUCUGCUUUCGUCGCCACUAGUUUGUCGGCGUCGGCUUGGUAUGUACCGGGCUGCCAAAAUGUUCCCACACCGGAGCUGAAGAUUGCGGCUGUGAAUCCAUUGGGACUUGUUCUUCCUAACUGGCUGUAGAUGUCACGAAACACUUAAUAACGCAGUGGGAUCACGCCUUCUCUUCACCUGUCGCUGUCCGCUCUGUGCGUGUGUGUGGAGGAGACGCUGCCGCCCCGCCUCCGCCACAGAGAUGACAGAGGCCGACUAAAAUAGCGAUCGACUAAAAUGUUGGUGAUAUUCAUUUUUAUGUAAAAAAAUUUUUUUUUAUAUAAUCAUUAUUUUUAAUUAUUAAAAAAAAGAUCAGUCGCAAUAUAUCGCGGCACCAAAAAUGAUCGCGCUCAUUUCCAUAUAUCGUGCGAUAAGUCGAUAUAUUGACUAUCGCGACAGGCCUAUUCCUCACUUCUUUUGUUUGUCCGAUGCCGAGGUGGACCAUGAGUGACGCCGGAUCCGCAUCCCGCCACGACCCCCCUUUUUGUUCAAUCAGUUGCAUAUUUUAAUGGCAUGUGCAUUUUAUUUUUCAUUUAAACCUCAGUUAAGUUUAAAGUUAAUCCAUAAUCAAGAUUGAAAUAUUACUUAAAUCCAGGAUCAAAAUGAUGGGUUAGAAUGUAAACCUGCUUAUUUUUAAAGGUUUAAAGUUUGGUGCAAAAUAAUUAUUAGAUAAACCUUGAUUUAAGCUAGGUUUAAAAUUAAUUAUUGCAAAAAAAUUAGCUAUAAUUUGAAGAAAAAAAAUAAAGGAGCAAUUGGCCUAAUGAUCAUUUUAAAAUAUAAUUUGAAGAAGUGUUCUUUCACAAAAUUAUUUGUGAAUUGUAGUCUAUAUAUAACUAUAAAAUAUACUAAAUUUUUCUCCCCCUUCACCAGGCACUCAUUUCACUUUUAUUUCUUUCAGGAUAAUUAAUUGAAUUCACGUGUUGUAAAUCAGUCUGUAGCCUAUAGCACAUAUAGCCCCUAAAUUUAGCGAUCAACUAUGCAUAUUAUAUACUUAACAUUUAACAUACAACAUUUUGUCUUUGUUACUCUUAGUUAUAAAGAAUGGUAGCACAGCAUUUUUGAAUGACUGUCUUCAUGAGUUUGUCUGCAUCCAUAUUGCAGGUUUCCUCUCACAUAAAUUAUGGUAGCAGUUAUUUCUUCUAGUUCUUUCAAAGCGGUUCUUUCUGAGUUUCUGCUCACAUGUUUUUAAAUCUGUUUCAUUGAGGUUCCAAAUAAUGGCUCAUUGGCUUAGAUAUAACAAACACCUAGCAUAUAUUCUUCUUAUGCACACAUGCAAAGUAUUUCUAAAAAAAAGUAUUUAUUUUCAUUUUAAUUACUUUUGAAGUAUUUCAUGUAAUUUCUAUGAAAUUAUGUUGUCUUAUAUUCUGUUACUAAUAAAAUAGUUUUGUUUUUUUUGUGUUUUUUUCCACUGCUUGUACUAUUUUGGCACAAUCCCUAAAUUGAACUUGAGUAGUUUUACUAAGGGCACCCAUCUCACAUGAAAUUAAACUAUGUAAAAACAUAUUCUACCCGACUUCCUGAUAUAAAUUACUAUAAAUUUGAUAUGGGAAUUAAUACUGAGACACUAAUUUGGGCAAAGAGCACUAAUGACUUGUUUAAGACUUGAAGUUAAAAGUUGAGGACUUGCAACUCGACUUGGACUUGCCUAUUUUGACUCGAGACUUGACUUGGGACUUGUCUGUCUUGACCCGGGACUUGACUCGAGACUUGAAUGCAAAGACUCGAGACUUACUUGUGACUUGCAAAACAAUGACUUGGUCCCACCUCUGUUAUAUGCUAUGAUUUAUCAUUUGGGUAGUUGUUUUGAGAGUUUGAUUUAUUAUUUGAUCUUUUUAGGCAUUUUAAGUUUGUUAGGAAAAAACGUCCAUAAUAUGCCUGAUAAAUCAGCGUUUGUGAGCUAAGCUCUGCUUUGUGUAUAGUGUUACCGGGGAAACCUCUCUUUCUCCCGCUUUAAAGCACCUCCUGCUGGUAGUGAAUGAAUUUGCAUUUUCAAUAAGUCCGUUACGCAGCAAAAAAUAUUUUGCUUAUCAAAAAUAAUCUACUCAAGAGGGACUCGAGCUGUUGAUUAGAUUUGGAAGUCUAUCAGAAGUUAAAUUAGGGCCACAAAAGCGCGCAUGCGCAGUAACGUUUGUUUAUGUUGCCCUUGAAACCGUGAACAGUCUGUCACACUAACUAACACACUAACUAACGUUAAAAAAGUGAAAUUGCAAU